AAAGCAUGUUUUUUUUUAAAUUUUGCUGCAAACUAAGAUUGCUAACUAAACUGCAGAUUUGCAAAUGUCAUCUGCGUUAGUAGUAAGCGGAGGUAACCGGGCGGCGGAAGUGACGUCACAGGAAAGGGGCGUGACCUCCGCCAUUUUGAAUUUCUCCGGAAGUGACGACACCAGCGCCAUCUUGUAUCACGUGUUGGAAUGACAUCAUUAAACUUUCGUUUUGAUUCUGUGGCAACGAUCUUUUCAAAGUUGUUUAUUUUUUGUGGCAACGACACUAUUUUUUAUGUUUGUGGCAACGAACUCUUGAACCACGUGUUUGGAAUGACAUCAUCUAUUUCUUGUUGCGACAUGUUGCUUUACAAAAUGGCGUCUGCCGUAUCACACCUUUGUAUGCCUCCGCUGAGGUGUAUGGAUACUUUUCUGUGAACCAAUCAGAUUCUUUGAAAUAUGACCUCACCGUUUCUUAACCAAUCACCGUUCAGAUGAAAUAAAGAGUUCCUGCCCGAUAUAAGGCUAUCCCGAGUAACGUUCCGCAUUUCUUUCCUGCUGUCGCCUUGAGUGUACGCACAUAUUUUGCUUGGACUAUCAUUGUUAAUUUCAUCAGAUUUUUGUUUCUUCAUCGUUUUGAACAUGAAUCCUGGACAGCCACGAAACAACAACGCUGCAGAGAUGGAAAAUCUAUUGGAGAAAGAAUCCAUGCCUUUGAAUGAUAAAGUGUUGAGCCAAUGAUGUUCCAAGAGAAUCAGAUAGCUCUUGUGCCAAAAGAAAAGCAGAAGAAACAAGCCAUUUCGAGAAAAAACGUAAAGGACUUUUUACUGAAGACACUAUUCCAGAGGAGCUCACUCACAUGGGAGACAAUGUCUUUGUGGGACCCAGCAUUUACAAGGGAAAAGUGACUGUGCACAUCCGAGAGUAUGCCAAAUAUGGUAAAGCUUACUAUCCGACAAGACGAGGAGUAAAUUUUGAGCCAUGGUGUUUGAAUGUUCUCGCAACCAACAUGACAGUGGAGGAACCAGACCUGCUGACACUGAAUCUGGAGUUGCCCAAGAACUUUGUAGUCACAUAUAAAGAUUCCCACUUCACUUUGAAGCAACUCUCUUCGACAGGAGAUGAAAAAAGUAGCCUCAGCAUUACAACGACGCAGUGGGAAGAACUGAUGACCCACUUUAGCCGUAUCAGCGAUAUUGUCACCAACCUCGUUUAUCAAAACAUGAACUUUUGUGAAGCCUACGAAAGCGUAUCCGACGAACCUGUCAGAGAGGAAAAUCUACCCCAAUCCUUUGACAUUUCUAUGGGAAGAGCGCGACUUCAAACCAUUCUAAAGAUGUCGCUUGAAGAGCUUCUUAAUCAACAAGACGAACUGAAAUAUCCCCAGCUGAAAGACUGUGAAGAACUCGUUCAUAAAACAGAAACUGUGAAUGCCAUUGCUCUGAGAUUCAAUGCUGUUGACAUCGCCAGGCAAUUUUAUGGAAACAUUUGGGGUGAAGAACCCUAUUUAAUGUUAGUGAAAACUGCUCACUACAUUACCAAGGACUUUUUAAAAUCUGUGUGUUUAAACCAUGUACUCGAUGAAGUAAGAAAACACUUUUGUACUAUCAAUGGUGUCUUAGGUAUUGAAUACUAUGAAUAUUUGUAA